UACUUCCUGCCUACUACAAUUAUAUAAACCUAUGAAUCUAAAAUCAGUUUAUUCAUUCCAGUGAGAGAACUUGAGGUUUGAUAUCUCCGACUUUAAACCUAAAAAAAACUUACUCAGCUGAAAAUCUUAAAACUCAAACUUAUCCAACUGAAAACUUCUGAUUCAAGACAUGGAUGUAAAUAAGAUUAUAAACAACAUUCUGGAUGGGGACUUUGAAGAUGUCAAACAACUUAUCAAAGAAAAUCCUGAAACGGUCAACCAAAUAAACUCACACAGUAAAACUUUCUUAAUGGCAGCUUGUGCACAGGGCAGCACAAGUCUAAUAGCCUUCUUGAUAGAAUCUGGAGCCAAUAUAGACAUGAGUGACAAAGGCAAGAAUACAGCAUUGCAUUAUGCUGUGAAAAGCCACCGAACUGAUGUUGUCGCCUUCUUAGUCUCCAGUGGAGCAAAUGUUAAUAAGCAUAACUCAUGGGGCGACACACCUCUACAUCUGGCUGUGGAGAAGAACUAUGAAGAUGUAGUCAAAGUCCUGUUAAAUAGCAAAGAAAAUAACAAUUUACAGGUUAAUCUGCGAAAUAUUUUGGGUUGCAUAGCUCUCCAUGUUGCCUGUCUCUUUGGACACAUAAAGGUUGUUGAACUUCUCCUGCAACAGAAUGGCACGGAUGUUAAUGCUGUGCAGGAAGAUGGUUGGACAGCUCUCCAUGUUGCCUGUCACUUUGGACACAGAAAGGUUGUUGAACUUCUCCUGCAACAGAAUGGCAUCGAUGCCAAUAAGGUGAACCUCAAGGGUGACACUCCUCUACAUCAGGCAGUUCGAAAAUUGUACUUAUAAUCUCUGAAGAAGCCUUGGGAUAUAUUUGUAUGCGUCUCAUUUAUAACCACAUAUUAACUUAUCACACCUGGCUAAUAUGAGCAUAA